AUGCCUGCCACUCUUGCGAAGGCGCACCUCUCCUUCGUGAUCUGCGGGCAUGUCGACAUCGGCGAGAGCACCACCACCGCCCGCCUCAACUACGACCUGGGCGGCCUUCCGCAACGCGAGCCGGAGAAGCUCAAGGAGGAAGUCGUAUGCCUAGUACCAGGCCCCAUCGCCUUCACGUUCUACAUGGACCGUCAGAAGGAGGAGCACGAGUGCGGGGUGACCAGCGCCUGCACCACCCAAGACUUCUACACCGAGAAGUGGCACUACACAGUCGUCAUCGAUGCCCCAGGCCAUCGCAAUAUCAACAAGGACGAGUGGUACAAGGACUUCGAAGAGAAGAAAACGCCUGCGAUGCCAGUCUCCGGCUGGAUGGGCGACUACAUGCUAACGAAGUCUGACAACAUGGACUUGUGGAAGGAAUGCGUCGGCGAGUACGGCAAGGAGGGGCGUCGGGUCGACUUCCACAACUCUUUCGAGCUCAUCCUCGAGGAGGAGCAGGCGCUCGACGUCGAGUUCUUCCAGCAGCGACUUGCCCAGUAUCAGGAAGUCUUCCCGAGGUACGAGUUCCUCGGAUGGUAUAGCAUUGGCAAGGGCCCCGCGGACUCCGACCACGCCCUCCACAAGAAGAUCCAGGAGGUGACCUCGAACGAAAAUCCGUUCCUGCUCCUCCUGGACACAGACGGCAUGGGGGGCGAGAAGGCCGCCCAGGGGUUGGAGGAGUUGCCAGUGAAAGUCUACGACGUCGCGUCGCACAUCAUGGGCGGGGAGUUGCAGGUUCGGCGAGGUCUCCUGCCAGACCAGCGCGCCUCGCAUGCUCGCCCAGCACUCAGGACCACCCGCGCCGACAUCCUGCCUAUGACCUUCGGCCUCUUCUGA